AAAAUUUCAUCAUUCAUCAUCCUCUUUCCCAUCAAUCUAGCCCCCUUCUCUCUCGCACUCACUCUCUCUCCCUGCUGUCUUUGUCGCUCCACUCUCUCUCUCUCUCUCUGACGGCUCCGCUAAACUCACCGGCAAUAACCGACAACCAAUCUCAUCUGCUCCUCCAUCAUUUCGCGUUUCUCCGGCGACGUGCCGUAACCGACUAACCGCAGCCGCAACCGCCGCAGAUCUGAAAGCAGCAGCAGAUCCCGGAAAUGGAGGAAGCGCUGGAACUCGCACGCGCCAAGGACACCAAGGAGAGGAUGGCGGGCGUCGAGCGUCUCUACCAGCUUCUAGAAUCUUCCAGAAAGAGCCUCACCUCCUCCGAAGUCACCACACUCGUCGACUCCUGCUACGAUCUCUUGAAGGACAACAACUUCCGCAUCUCGCAGGGCGCGCUUCAGGCACUCGCCUCCGCCGCCAUCCUCUCCGGCGAGCACUUCAAGCUCCACUUCAACGCCCUCCUUCCCGCCGUCGUCGACCGUCUUGGCGACGCCAAACAGCCUGUUCGCGACGCCGCACGGCGGCUCUUGCUCACACUCAUGGAGGUUUCUUCUCCUACAAUAAUUGUUGAAAGAGCAGGGUCCUGUGCCUGGGCACACAAAAGCUGGAGAGUCAGAGAGGAGUUUACACGAACUGUCACAUCUGCAAUUAAUCUAUUUGCAUCUACUGAGCUUCCGCUUCAACGGGCUAUCCUCCCUCCUGUAUUGCUGUUGCUGAAUGAUCCAAAUCCUGCUGUUAGGGACGCAGCUAUUUUGUGUAUUGAGGAGAUGUACACACAAGCUGGGUCUCAAUUUCGUGAUGAACUUCACCGCCAUAAUCUUCCUUCAUCUUUGGUGAAAGAUAUUAAUGCUAGGCUUGAGGGAAUUCAACCAAAAGUUCGAUCCUCAGAUGGUAUUCCAAGUGGUUAUGCUACUGGCGAAGUUAAGCCUUUGAGUGUUACUACCAAGAAAGGUAGUCCGAAGGCCAAAAAUUCAUCAAGGGAGACGUCUCUUUUUGGAGCAGGAGAAGGUGAUAUCACUGAGAAACCCAUAGACCCUAUCAAGGUAUACUCAGAUAAGGAGUUGGUCAGGGAAAUUGAGAAGAUUGCAUCUACCCUUGUGCCUGAGAAAGACUGGUCAAUUCGUAUUGCUGCUUUGCAGAGAGUUGAAGGUCUUGUUCUAGGAGGUGCUGCUGAUUAUCCAUGUUUUCGUGGAGUCCUGAAGCAACUUGUUGGACCAUUAAGUACCCAACUAUCAGACAGAAGGUCUACCAUUGUGAAGCAGGCUUGCCAUUUAUUGUGCUUUUUGUCAAAGGAGCUCUUGGGUGAUUUUGAAGCAUGUGCUGAAACGUUUAUACCAGUCCUUUUCAAGCUGGUUGUGAUUACUGUGCUUGUAAUUGCAGAGUCUUCCGAUAACUGCAUAAAAACGAUGUUGCGCAACUGUAAAGUUGCUCGUGUGCUUCCCCGUAUAGCUGACUGUGCAAAAAAUGAUCGCAAUGCAGUACUUCGUGGAAGGUGUUGCGAAUAUGCUCUUUUGGUCCUAGAACAUUGGCCAGAUGCACCUGAAAUUCACCGGUCAGCUGAUUUAUAUGAGGAUAUGAUAAAGUGUUGUGUUUCAGACGCAAUGAGUGAGGUACGAUCUACUGCAAGGAUGUGCUACAGAAUGUUUGCAAAAACUUGGCCAGAGCGUUCUCGUCGCCUAUUUUCAUCCUUUGAUCCUGUAAUUCAACGGUUAAUAAAUGAAGAAGAUGGAGGAAUACAUAGGCGACAUGCUUCACCUUCCAUUCGGGAUAGAGGUGCGCUGAUGUCACUACCCAGUCAGGCCACUGCUCCCUCAAAUCUACCUGGUUAUGGAACUUCUGCUAUUGUUGCAAUGGACAGAAGUUCAAAUUUAUCAUCAGGGACCUCUAUCUCCUCUGGUGUAUUUCUUUCACAAGCUAAGUCACUUGGUAAGGGUACGGAACGUAGUUUGGAAAGUGUGUUGCAUGCAAGUAAACAGAAGGUCAGUGCUAUUGAAAGCAUGCUUAGAGGCUUGGAUUUGUCUGAUAAGCAUAAUUCAUCUUCUCUCCGGUCAUCAAGUUUGGAUCUAGAAGUUGACCCUCCAUCAUCUCGUGAUCCACCUUUCCCUGCUGUUGUGUCUGCAUCUAAUCAUCUGCCAAACUCUUCAAGAACAGAAUCGACUGCUUCUAGUGUCAUUAAAGGUAGUCACCGGAAUGGUGGUCUGGGUUUGUCUGAUAUAAUCACUCAAAUUCAAGCUUCCAAAGAUUCUGCCAAGUUAUCAUAUCAUAGUAAUGUUGGUGUUGAAUCAUCAUCGUCGUCUUAUUUGACUAAAAGGCCUUCUGAACGACUAGAAGAAAGACGUUCUGCUGAUGACGGUAGUGAUAUUAGGGAGGCUAGGCGAUUUAUGAACCACAACACUGAUAAGCAGUACUUUGAUGCCCUUUAUAGAGAUGGGAACUUUAGGGAUUCACAUAAUAGUUACGUGCCUAAUUUUCAGAGGCCUCUAUUGAGAAAGAAUGUAGCUGGACGUAUGUCUGCUGGCCGGAGGAGGAGUUUUGAUGAAAACCAGCUAUCUCUUGGAGAGAUGUCAAGUUAUGCGGAUGGUCCGACAUCUCUUCAUGAAGCAUUGAGUGAAGGACUUCGUUCAGGCUCUGACUGGUCUGCUAGGGUUGCUGCCUUUAACUAUGUUCACUCUUUGUUACAGCAAGGUCCAAAGGGAACUAUUGAAGUUGUGCAGAACUUUGAGAAGGUAAUGAAGUUGUUUUUCCAGCACUUAGAUGAUCCCCACCAUAAAGUUGCACAAGCUGCUCUUUCAACACUUGCAGAUAUUGUUCCAGCAUGCCGAAAGCCUUUUGAGGGUUACAUGGAAAGAAUAUUACCCCAUGUGUUUUCUCGGUUAAUUGACCCUAAAGAGCUUGUUAGACAGCCAUGUUCGACAACUUUGGAAGUUGUUAGCAAAACUUACAGUGUUGAUUCUCUCUUGCCUGCAUUGUUACGCUCACUUGAUGAACAAAGGUCUCCAAAGGCUAAGUUGGCUGUUAUUGAAUUCGCAAUCAGUUCUUUUAACAAACAUGCAAUGAAUGCCGAAGGUGCUGGUAAUAUUGGCAUCCUAAAAUUAUGGCUUGCUAAGCUAACCCCAUUAGUUUAUGACAAAAAUACAAAGCUUAAAGAAGCAGCUAUCACAUGCAUUAUAUCUGUGUACUCCCACUUUGAUUCAGCUGCAGUUCUUAAUUUUAUUCUUAGUUUGUCAGUUGAAGAACAAAAUUCUUUGAGACGAGCCCUUAAACAAUACACCCCUCGCAUUGAAGUAGACCUAAUGAACUAUCUGCAGAGCAAGAAAGAGAGACAGCGUUCUAAGGCUUCCUAUGAUCCAUCUGAUGUUGUGGGAACAUCCUCUGACGAUGGACAUGUUGGUUUCUCCCGGAAAGCUCAUUACCUUGGAAGGUAUUCCGUUGGUUCCCUUGACAGUGAUGGUGGCAGGAAGUGGAGUUCCCAAGAUUCAAUGCUGAUGAAAGCCAGUCUUGGUCAAGCAUCUUCUAUUGAAACUCAGGAACAUCCUAACCAUAAUAUUGAGGCUGAUGCUAAUAGUGGUUGUCAUGGUUCAAAAACUGAAGAUCUUGCUUAUUCUGUCUAUCCAAGGGGUCAAAACUUUAGUGCUCAAACUAGCCAACUUGGACAUGUGGACAGUAGCAUGAACUUUGAGGGUCUUUCAACUCCUCGUCUAGAUGUUAACAGUGUGAUGUCAUUAGAUCAUUUAAAUGCUUCUGAAGGUUAUGUACAUGAUAAAGAACAUCCUUCUGAAGUGGAACUUAAUCAUCAUUCAGUUGAAGCUGUAAAUAUUAACUCCAUGGUAGACACAGGACCCAGCAUUCCUCAAAUUCUUCAUAUGAUAUGCAGUGGGGGUGAUGGAAGCCCUAUUUCAACUAAACAGACUGCUCUUCAACAGCUAGUUGAAGCUUCUAUAGCAAACGACCAUUCUGUUUGGACCAAGUACUUCAAUCAAAUUUUGACAGCUGUGCUUGAGGUACUGGAUGAUUCGGAUUCCUCAGUCAGAGAGCUUGCUCUAUCAUUGAUAGUUGAAAUGCUUAAAAACCAGAAAGAUACCAUGGAGAAUUCAGUUGAGGUUGUAAUUGAGAAGCUGCUUCAUGUUACUAAGGAUAUCAUUCCAAAGGUCUCAAAUGAAGCAGAGCACUGCCUAACGAUUGUUUUAUCUCAUUAUGAUCUAUUCAGAUGUUUAAGUGUUAUUGUCCCUCUACUGGUAACUGAGGAUGAGAAAACACUUGUCACUUGCAUAAAUUGCUUAACAAAGCUUGUGGGCAGGCUCUCUCAGGAGGAAUUGAUGGCUCAGUUACCCUCAUUUCUGCCUGCUCUUUUUGAAGCCUUUGGAAACCAGAGUGCAGAUGUUCGUAAGACUGUUGUUUUCUGUCUCGUGGAUAUUUAUAUCAUGCUUGGGAAAGCAUUCUUGCCAUAUCUGCAAGGCCUUAACACCACACAGUUGAAGCUCGUCACCAUAUAUGCAAAUCGAAUCUCACAAGCCAGGACAGGCAAAGCAAUUGAUGCUAUUCAAGAUUAGCAGGUUCGUUGGGAAGAGAGUUUGUGGGUUUUGGGUUUUGUCUUAUUCAAUGUUGUGUAUUUUGUAUAUUUGCGUGCAUGAAGUUUAAUAGUGGGUUUCCUUUGCCUUUCCUUUCUCAGCUUUGCUCUAUACAUAUAUUUUUCUUUUCCCUUUUUCUUGCCAAUGUUUGAUGGAAUUUGGAGAGUGCAGGUGGUGGAAUACAGUGUGCAAAUUGUAAUCUACAGUGAGAAACAUUAUUGAUUGUAUAAAAUGGUUUCCAAGAAA